GUGCUUAGUCAUGCCCCCAAGAAAGAGAUGGAGGAUUGGGGCGAAGCUGCUGGAGAGCUCCGGGAGGCGCUGAGGCGGAGGCCGCGUGUGGCCCCUGGCUUGGGCCUCGGGCGGGGGUGGCCCAGCGUGGAGAAGGCGGCCCUGGCUCGGUGCGGGCUCCCUUCCAGCCGCUAGGAGGAGGGCGGAGCCGGAGCUGAGCGCACGGACGGAGAGCGGAGAGCCCGGGGAAGGUGCGCGCCAGGCAGGCAGGCGAGGGCGGCCGUCUCCAUGCCCCGCUGCAGAGACUGGGCGAGUCGGCGCAGCUCCUGCCUCGGGGCCGCGGAGCCCCUCGCCCGCCCCUAACAUGCGGCCGGGGCGCCUGCUGCCGGCGCCACGCGUGAACCAUGCCAGGCUUGGCAGAAGAAGAGGGGGCGCAGCAGCCGGGGGCGGGGGAGCUCCCCACGCUCACCCCCGCGGGGGGACCUCCUCGAGAAGAGCAGCGCCCCCUCAAGCAAUCUCUGAGCAGCUCCCUCUGCCGUGAGUCCCACUGGAAAUGCCUGGUGCUCACGCUGCUGAUGUACGGCUGCUUUGGCGUCAUGGCCUGGUGCCGCCUCUCGACGGUGACGCGCCUGAACUACGCCGACUCCUACCGCGACGCCUCGCUGGUCUACCACGACAGCCCUUGCUCCAACGGCUACAUCUACAUCCCCCUGGCCUUCCUGGGGAUGCUGUACGUGGUCUACCUGGUGGAGUGCUGGCACCGCUUCGCCAAGGGCCAGAUGCAGUACCGCGUGGACACCGCCAGCGUCUACGAGAAGGUGCAGCGCAUGCAGCAGGCCACGCCCUGCAUCUGGUGGAAGGCCAUCAGCUACCACUACAUCCGCCGCACCCGGCAGGUCACCCGCUACCGCAACGGCGACGCCUACACCACCACGCAGGUCUACCACGAGCGCGUCAACACACACGUGGCUGAGACCGAGUUCGACUACGCGGGCCACGGCGUGAAGGACGUCUCCAAGGAGCUGCUGGGCCUCUCAGAUUACCCCGUCACCAAGCUGCGCUUCACCAAGUGCUUCAGCUUUGCCACGGGGGAGGCCGAGGCGGCGUACCUCACCCAGCGGGCCCGCUUCUUCGGCGAGAACGAAGGCCUGGACGACUACAUGGAGGCCCGCGAGGGCAUGCACCUCAAGAACGUGGACUUCAAGGAGCACAUGAUGGUCUUCCCCGACCCCGGGCGUCCCCCCUGGUACACCCGCCGGUGGGUCUUCUGGCUGGCCUCGUUCCUCCUCCUCUCCUGGCCUUUGCGGGUGCUGGCGGAGUACCGCACCGCCAACGUCCACUACCACGUGGAGAAACUCUUUGGGGCGGACGACGGGCCCAGCCCGCUGGACGCGGUGGGCGGCUACGUCCGGCGCAUCUCCCGCGUCAACACGGUGGACAUGACCGAGCUGGAGUGGCACAUCCGCUCCAACCAGCAGCUGGUGCCCAGCUACUCGGAGGCCGUGCUCAUGGACUCCACCGUGGUGGCCGGGGCAGCCUACCUGCGCAGCUGCCAGCGCUGCCGCCGAACUGUCAGCAGCAACUCCUUGCCCUCGCGCGGCACCCGGGCCCUCUACGCCCGGCUGCCCUUCAGCUGCAGCCGCUUCUCGCUGAGCGGAGCCCGGCGCUGCGGGGGGAUCCUGCGCAGCCUGAGCGGCAGCCACGUGGGCAGCAGCAUCGAGACGGAGCCCCUCGAGAGCCCCCCCUGCUACCAGGACGCGCUCUACUUCCCCGUGCUGAUCGUGCACGGCGGGGAGGGCUGCCACCGCAACGGGCAGAGGCCGGGCCCUUCGGGGAGGGCCUCGGGGACUCCGCUGUGACCCCAGAGAGAGAGAGAGGAGCCCCACCGGGUGGGAAGAUGAAAUGGAAAAGCAACCCAAAAGCCUCCGUCCUGGCUUGUUCCCCUUAUUACCUGAGUGCCCCUGCAAAAAAAAAAA